AUCUAGACGUGCUUCGGAGCCUCGGCUUCAGACAAGACUAAUCAUUACAGGACACUGUAUGGGUGAUUCUACAGAAAUGGUGCCCUUUUGGAUUGAAGAGGAAGGAAACAAGAUAAACGACUGUCCCAUCAUAGGUGUUUUGGCUCAGGAUGUUCGCUGUCCUUCACCUGGGAGAAACACCUACAUCGCGGCUUCCUAUGUGAAAUACCUGGAGUCUGCAGGGGCCCGAGUCGUCCCUGUGAUGAUUAAUAAGACUGAAGAGGAAUACACCGUACUCUUCAGAUCUAUAAAUGGAAUCAUUUUUCCUGGUGGUCGUGUCAGCAUGUUUUCAUCUGAUUACGCCAAAGCAGCAGGAAUAUUCUACAGACUUGCGCUGGAGGCCAACUCAAAAGGAGAUUAUUUUCCUGUGUGGGGGACAUGCUUGGGCUUUGAGCAGCUAACGUUGCUGACAAGUGGAAAAUCCCUGUUGUCCCGUACUAAUACCAGCGGCGUUGCUCUACCACUCAAUUUCACCAAAGAAGUAAAGGACAGCCGAAUGUUCAAGGACUUCCCAGAGGACCUGAUGACAUCACUGGCAAAUGAACCACUCACAGAGCACUCUCAUAAGUGGAGUGUCUCUACUGAGAAAUUCAAUGGAAAUGAGGAGCUGAAAAAUUUUUAUCGAAUUCUGAGUACAAACACAGACGGACAAACAGAGUUUGUGUCUACGAUGGAAGCAUAUGAUUUCCCAAUUUAUGGAACCCAGUGGCACCCAGAGAAAAAUGCAUUUGAGUGGACUCGGGCAUGCAUCCCCCACUCAGCUGCUGCGAUCAGAACCACUUUCUAUAUGGGCCAAUUUUUUGUCAAUGAAGGUUUGCUGGUAACUGACCGGGUCUGAUUGGUGCAGCGGAUUCGGCAGCCUCUACGGGGAAUGACGAGACCCAGAUGCAUACGCAGACGGCAGUUAGUGGGUCCAGUGUGAGGCCAUACAUGUGUACCAGGCUGCAUCACUGAAAACUUGAUCUGAAGUUGAAAGACAGACAGAAUGAUGAGCAUCGAAUAAAUUCACACAAUGCUACAUGAAUUUUGGAUUUGUGGCUGCAAAUAUGCAUACGGGUCAUUCAAGGAUCCAGGGUACAUUUCGUUAUUUUCCACAAAAGAAAUCUUUAUUGAAUCAGUUGUGAACAAUAACGCAAAUUAUGAAAAACUUUCACCAAUAGCAAAUGCCUGAUGUACAUUUUAGACCUAAUUUAUCCAUAAAACAUUAACUAAAUGACUCCCACCCCCCACAUUAUUGGCUGUUUUUGACUACUCAUUCAUACGUUCAACUUGAAUAAACAAAGUGAUUCAAUCUGUUUCUUGAGGCUUAUUCUAUUAACUGUUAUAAAAU